AUGAAGGAAGACCUCCUACUUGUUUCUGCCUGGCUCAACAUUAGCAUGGAUCCGGUGGUGGGUUCGAACCAAAGUUUGGGCGCGUUUUGGCAGCGGAUCGAGUCUUACUUCCACGAGCACAAAGACUUCGCGUCCACGCGCAACAAGAAGUCGUUGCAAGGGAGGUGGGCAUUCAUUAAUGGGCUGGUACAAAAGUUUUGCGGCCACUACGCGCAUGCAAUGCGUAGUAGACGCAGCGGUACCACGGAGGGGGAGACGGUUGUUGAUGCUUGCAAAAUGUUUCAGGCAGUUGAACAUAAAGAGUUCACGUUGCUUCCUUGUUGGCGUGAAUUGCGACACCAUCCGAAGUGGCAGUCAGAGGCUUCCGGGAAGAAGCAAAAGACUUCCAGCGCAGCAGGAGAUGGCAGCCCUUCAUUGACUCAGAACAUGCCACCAUCACAGCCUGAGGGAAUUGCACAAGAAACAGGUAGCGAAGGCACGGUCCGAGCUAAGAGACCUGUUGGCCGGAGCCGGUCGAAGGAAAUAGGGCGUGGUUCAUUGACUGCUUCCAACUCGGCGUCGGCACCAAUGAAGGAAGUAUUCGACAGGCAAUUUAGUAUGAAGGAAAAGUUCGAGAAGGAAAGGGCCGAGAGGUUCGCGGAGAUGAUGUAUGUAGAGCGGCAGCGCCUUCGCCUCGAGGAGGAGCGAAUGCAACUAGAGAAGGUGAAGGAGGAAAUGAUGAUAAUGAACAUGGAUUUAUCGCAAAUGGACGAUGACCAAAAAGAGUAUUACAAAAGUCUUCGUCAGAGUAUCAUUGCUGCUAGGCGCGCCUCAUCGGGUUCUACGUUCUGA